AUGUCUACUGAAUAUGCUAAUUUAACUACUGUUAGUUGUCAAAGAUUCAAAUGUUCAGGUCGUGGUCUUAUAUUACCAUUUGGUACUGAAGCAUGUAUGUCAAUACAAUUACGAGCAGUGCUUUAUUUUAUAUUUUUACUUUAUCUUUUUCUUGGCAUUGCUAUUAUUGCUGAUAUAUUUAUGUCAUCUAUUGAAACAAUAACAUCAAGAAAACAAAAAAUACGUUAUCCUGAUCCGGGAGAAAAAGAUAAAUAUUUAACUGUUGAAGUUCAAUUAUGGAAUGCUACAGUUGCUAAUUUAACAUUAAUGGCACUUGGUUCAAGUUCACCAGAAAUUCUUUUAUCAAUUAUUGAAAUUGUUGGAAAUCGUUUUGAAGCAGGAGAACUUGGACCUGGAACAAUUGUUGGUUCUGCUGCGUACAAUCUUUUAAUGAUCUGUGCUUUAUGUAUUUCAUCGAUAAAGGCUCCUGAAACAAGAAGAAUAAAGUUAUAUAAUGUUUUUCUGGUCACAUCGUUCUUUGGUUUUUUUGCAUAUAUAUGGUUAUUCAUUGUUUUAUCAGUAAUAUCAAAAGAUGUUGUUGAUCUUUGGGAAGCAAUUAUUACAUUUCUUAUGUUUCCAUUGGUUGUUAUAUUAGCUUAUCUGGCUGAAAAGAAUUUUUUUAUUUCAAAAGAAAUUAACAUGGAAGAAGAAGAACGAACACUUAUAUUAACACCACCCGAAGUAGAUGAAACUGGUAAUCAACGUGUUUUUCGUAAAGAAGACCUUCUUCAAUUUUUACGUGAUCUUGGUCAAUCAACAAGUUUAUCAUUAGAAGAUAAAGCACAAUUAUUUGCAGCUAAAUUAAGUGAAAGUAUGCCUCGAUCACGUAUGCAAUAUCGAAUUGAAGGUGCACGAAUGCUUGCUGGUGGUAAAUCGUUAUUUCCAAAUUUACCUGGCAAAUUGCAAGAGAUAUAUCAACGGGCUGUCAAACCGCAGCCAUUUGGUGGAGCCAUUUCGACUGACCAUGAAGAUGGUGGUCGAAAAGGAACAUCAACAUUUAAUAUUGAUGAGAAUCCACAUAUGGCUAUACUUGAGUUUGCUUCAUCCAGUUAUGCUGUACUUGAACGUGAACAGCGUGUAACUGUUGACGUCACCAGACACGGUUAUACUGCUUCUGCUAUCCGUUUUCGACUUGAUACAAUUGAUGGUACAGCAACGGCUGGUGAAGAUUAUGAAAAAUUAUCUGAAGAAUUUAAAAUGGAAUCAGGUCAACAAGAGAAAAAAAUAACUAUUCAUGUUAUUGAUGAUAAUCAAUGGGAACCGGAUGAAACAUUUUUCGUUAAAUUAUCAUUACCAGAAGGUGAAGAAAAACAUGCAAAAGUAGGUUCAAAAACAAUUGCACUUGUUACAAUUAUUAAUGAUGAUGAUCCUGGUUUUAUUCAAUUCGAAGAGCCAAUUACUUUAGUUAAAGAAAGUGUUGGAAAAGCAGAAAUCAAAGUUGCACGUAUUAAUGGUGCUGAUGGACGAGUUACUGUUCAUUAUCGAACAAAAGAUAUUGAUGCUACAGCAAGAAAAGAUUAUCAACCUGUUGACAGUGAAUUAAUAUUUGAACAUGGUGAAAUAUCAAAAGUUAUAGCUAUACCAAUUGUAGAUGAUCUUGAAGCUGAAAAAGAUGAAAGUUUUGCUGUUGAAUUAUAUGAUUCAACAGGUGGUGCACAAAUAGGAAAAAAUGCAAAAACAGUUGUAACAAUUAUAAAUGAUGAUGAUUAUAAAACAAUGGCAAAUAAAAUGGCAUCACUUGUUCAAGUUGAUAUGGAUAAAUUAAGUGUAACAAAAACAACAUGGGGACAAAAAUUUCGUGAAGCUAUGAAUGUUAAUGGUGGUGAUAUUGAAACAGCAAAAGUUGGCCAUUAUAUUGGUCAUACAUUAGCAUUUUUUUGGAAAGUUCUAUUUGCAUUUGUACCACCAACAUCAAUAGCUGGUGGUUGGUUAACAUUUUUUGUUUCACUUUUAUUUAUUGCUAUACUUACGGCUGUUGUUGGUGAUGUUGCUGCUAUAUUUGGUUGUCUUGUUGGAUUAAAAGAUAGUAUAACAGCUAUAUCAUUUGUUGCACUUGGUACAUCAUUACCUGAUACAUUUGCAUCAAUGAUUGCAGCAAAAAAUUCAAAAACAGCUGAUGAUGCUAUUGGAAAUGUUACAGGUUCAAAUAGUGUUAAUGUAUUUCUUGGUCUUGGUCUACCAUGGCUUGUUGCUGCCAUUUAUUGGGAAUCAAAAAAUCUUCCAUUUACGGUUAAAGCAGGUGAUUUAUCAUUCAGUGUACUUGUCUUUUCUGUUUGUUGUAUUAUUGGUAUGGUUGUACUUACACUUCGUCGAUUUUUGGGUGUUUUUGGCAAAGCAGAAUUGGGUGGACCAACAAUACCUAAAUAUAUAUGUUCAAUAUUUUUUGUGAUUCUUUGGAUUGCUUAUUUAACAUUAUCAGGUCUUCAAGCAUAUGGACAUAUUAAAUGGCAAAGUUAA